AUGGAACUCCGCCCUCGCAGGAAGCAAAGAAGCAAGAGUUGUUUGGACUUGCGAAAUCUCUUCGACCGUUCAGUUUCGCCCACUGAAACAGCCUCUGACAGCAGUGACAGAAGCGAUAGCAACGACAGCAAUGAGAUCGAAGAUUUCUCUCAGGAAGCUUUCAUGCUGACCGUGCAACAGACAAUUGGCUGUCGACCAAGGAAAAAAAAGGGGACGCCUCUUCUUGACUACAUCCUUGCUGGCAAUAGCAAACUCGAGUCCGGGUGGCUCCAGAAGCGACUGAUGGCCAAUGACAAUGAAUCGAUCAAUGAAUCGAUCAAGGUUCCUGGGAACGAAAAGAGGCUUCUGCUUUUUCUUUUCGUGGCGCUUUCGGGGGCAGGCUGGGGCGCCGAUGGUACAUCUCCAUCUGAGCUCCUCUCUACAGCAUGGGGUGUGUCAAAACCUGCCAUUCGACGAGCAUGUUCCUCGGCAUUGGAUGACAGUUUUCUCGCCUGGGCCACUCAAGCUUACGGCAGCAAUCCAGAAAGCUCCGAAGUUGAUGAAAGCAACAACAAAAGAUCUGUUCGACCAGAAAAUCCAUCAGAGCAAGCUGCAGCCAACAACGUUUUCUCCCCUGCCGUCAUGGAUCGCAAUUCCAAGCGUCGGGAUAUGAGAGACACCCCCUCAAUUUUUGUAGCAGCAGAAGAUUUUGCAUCACCUGUCAGCGUGCUGUCUCCAGCGCAAGCACAAAGCGUGUGCUCUCCGGUUAGUGUUUCAUCGGACGGAGGAGACGACGACGGAUUUUUGUCUCCGACAAUUCGCAAUGAGCAUUAUGAACAGCCUCGGCGGCACAAUGGGACACGCCUUGAUUUCAAUCGAGCUGAGAACGUAGAUGCAACAGCACAGACAGACGAAUUCAAGGUGGACGCAACAACACAAACGGACGAUGAUCUCCUUUCGGACGAGGAAUCCCUGCCGGAUGAGCCCGUUCUAGACUUUCACGGGCGCAUCAUGGCUGAUAUCAAUGCAGACAAUAUCAGCUUUGCUGUUGAGGAAGCAAUCUCUCGGGUUGUCGCUUUCCUUUUCAAAAAGAAAAAGGAUGCUCUUGCUCUUGAUUUUGCUCAAGAGGACAAUGAAGACGACAACGAACAAGAUGACGAUGAAAGCGACUUGGCACAAAUCCUCCGAGCCUCAGCAAGAGCCUCCGCCGAGAUCAUCACACUGCGACCCUUCAAGAAUGGAAGCCCACUGAAGAUACUGCGAAUCAGAGAGAAUAGGAAGGGCACAGGCGACAAGAAGGGGAGGAAACUUCGCGCAAAAGGCUUCUUGGUUGAAGCUCUUCUCUCCAAUCUGGAGCUCUCGUUUGAUGAAACUGUAUCCAUUAUUCAAAGCCUCGGAAAAAGACGAGGCGUGCGAAUGAUAAAGCAGGAGAACGACUGUGGACUUGACAUUGCCCAAUGCGCAGCUUUGAUGCUCUAUUUGCCAGCCACCGGAAGGGCACUUGAGCGACUACAGAAAUUCAUGAAAUGGGCCGUGCCAUCAAUUGGCCCAUCAUUAUUUCCUCUUACCUUGAGGAAAAAGAUCGCAAAAUACUCGAUGGAUAUGUUCGAUAUAAAGCUUGGCUUUGAGCUAGUUUCCCUUGAAAUUGGAGGCCAUACAAGGAACCAAAGGUGUCUGCACGUGUGGAUAAAGGAGCCUGCAGUGGCAAUACAACGUCUUACGCAGAGCGCUUUAGUCGCUGGAAAAUUUGAAGAUUCGAUUCUGUUUUCAAAUCAUGAAGAAGAGCUUAUUGUUGUUCAAGGAUCUGAUCGAGGAGGCGAUGUCACGGCAAAUCUUGUCAGGCUAGCGAACAGACUAGGCGGCAACAGCUCUCAACAUUGUCUCCCUCUUUCUUUUUACGAGUUUGGCAAAGAAUCAUAUUACAAUUUGCAGGCGACGAUAUUCCAUCCUCACAAGCCAACGCGACAAUUCUUGCAAUCACUGUUAAAUGGAGAAUAUCACAUGAUUGUUGUCACGGUCCACAACAGCAGCUCUGGAGCUGUCUUGGAUGCCCAGUGCAAGAUGCUUCGAUUCGUAUUCCCCGAAGGCUGUCGCUGGCGUCUCGUUGUUGACAGAUACAACCAAGAUGAGACUGAAGUGGUUGCCGCCACUGUGGAGGAAAGAUCCUUGCCUCCAUCGGUACGCCUGUUCAAUCCUGAGGAAGAAGCGUUGCUCCAACAAGAUCAAGAUCGCAUUGGGCUUUCUCUGCAACUUAUUGUUUCAAGCACAGCCGACCAAGACAAUGACAUUUCUUACAACGGCUUCAAGUUGAGAAACUGCUUUGGCCGUGCCGUUCACACAGAGUACUUCACGGAAGAUCUCGUUUGCGCUGCAGCCAACAACUUCGUGCAGGUGUGUUGCCUGCAAAGCAAAUGCCUCACGGCGGAUGAUAUUAAAUGCAACACAACGGUGAUGGGCCAAGGAACUGCCUCGGUCAUGUGCCCUUGUACGAUUUGCAUUGCCCCGAAGAAAGAUUUCGCCGCUUACCUCACCAAACCAAGAGAUGAGCAGCCAGCCAACAGAGAAGGUGAGCUGUCGAAUCCAAGGCUGUUUGAAGGCUUCAUUGCAGAGGCAAAAGGGCUUGCAGACUGGGUGAGACUGAAUUCAGCAGGACGAGCCAAGACCCUCAAAAUGAAAUAUCGCAGCGUGGUUUAUUCUCCAUUGCUCUAUACUCCCCCAGCGAUGAAUACCUGCUCGGGCAUGCACGUAUCAAGCGGGUUGCUAACACACCUCACAACCAGGCUGUUAGUGCAAUUGGGAGAGCUCGACAAAUCGACCAAAUGGCUGACAGAUUUGAGGAUAAUGGUGGCAGAGGCGAAUCAGUUUCUGCCAACAUCGAACCAAACUGCGGAAAAGCUUCGCAAACAGGAUGCAAAGCUAGUGCGAGACAUCAGUGCGGCCAGAUCAAUGGGUGCAACCGAAAUGAUCGAGCAGCUGCAAAGAGAACGGGACAAUAUUGGCACCACCCUGCAGGCACAAACUAAAGCAAGAGAUGCUGCAAAACUGUUUGUUGAGAAAGGAAAUGAGUUUCUGGGAAAUCUUGCCAAGAAAACGAAGAAUCGCAUUGUUGGUGAAGCGACGUACUGCUUUCGGAAGGCCUAUGAAGUCGACGGAAGAGUCAACUUUCGUGUUGAGAAUAGUGGAUUCGAGCUGUCAAAUGGCGACGGCCUCCGAGUGCUUGAGAGGAGAGAUAAGAUAGUGGCGCGGAUGCACAAAGUUUACGAUGACAAUCCGGUGCUGCAGCGAGGUGUUAGCAAUCUGAUGGACACUUAUUUGAAGCAAACGAGUCUCCUCAAUGAGAUGUCCGUCGCGAUGAAAAGCCAAAGGAAGUGGUCUGUAUUGGCAUGCGAUCAGUUUGAAGCGGCAGCACAAGAAUAUGCCAAACUGUGGAUCUCGUCUGGUGCAAGAGGCGAGGAAGACGCAACAAUCUUCAACAAGCUGCAUGUGCUAGUGACACAUAUUCCACAGUUUGUCCGCCUUCAUGGUAUGCUUGGAAGAGGCUCCGAGGAAGGUUUUGAAUCGUCGCACAAGUGCAUUGAGAGGGUAAGAGAUCCUCUCAAAUGUAUGACCUCUACUGAAGAGAGAGCACACACGAUCUACCGAAGGAUCAUGCUUCAGUCUAGACCGGAAAUUGAAACGAUAUUUGAAGAAGUUAACGAGCACUUCUCGCAGAAGAAAAGAGGGCCUUACAGGAAGGACCCAUCAAGAAUGAAGACGGCCGACAGCGCCCCUGCAGCAGGACGACACAUCGACAGCCUCUCUCUCCCAGAAGGAUUCAUCCAAUCUAUCAAUGGAUACGUUGUAAAGGAACAAUGGAAGGACUAUUUUGAGUAUGUAUGCUUUAGCAAGGUGCCUUCUUCUUGGUCAGCAAUCUUCCGAAAUGACGAUGGUUUGGGCAGUGCGUGUCAAGUCCGAACGGAGUACGUUUAA